AUGGGAACGUCCUAUGAGGCAAUUAAUGCAUUUGCAACUGCUGGAAUUACUAUCACUGCUUGUCAUAUGGAUAGGAAGAAAGCUGACCUUGCAGAAUUAUAUGAUGAUCUAAUCAAUACUUAUCUUAAUAGGAACAUUAGGAAGGCAAUGAUACUCAAUAUUGAUGACUACCACAAUAUUCAUGCCAAACGGACACCAGAUACUUGCUCAACUUCGACGGUAUCACACAUGACGACUCUGAUAUUAAACUCGAUUGAGACUGAUGCCAUUCUGAUCUAUGGACCGAAUG